GGCGACGCGUCGCGGCGAACGUGCGAAGGCGUCGGUUCCUUGACGGCGGCGCGCUCGGUAAACCUUUCAUGUGCUAUUCGCGAGACGUUUGCUGAAACAUACACAUGUUGUACAUUUUGUUGCAAUGAUGCAAGUAAAAUAGUGUUUAUUUUCUGACGCCCAGCCGCGGGAAUUGCGCUCUUAAGUGCGCGCCGAGUGUCCAGUUUUGCACCAGUGCCUCUUUGAGCUGAGAGCUGCCUCGUCGCCAGGCUCCAUAAGUUCAGCUGGUUGGACUCUGGACCAGUGAGAGAGACCAUCAACAGAAGAAGCUUCGAAUCACAGGCUACGCAGUUGAGUCAUCUCGCAAGUCACCAGACAAUUUACAGGCGGCAUUUUCCCGACCAAGCAGAGGACUGUGGAAGCGAGCUUAAAGAGUCGCCGCGGCACGAUGAACCUGAUUCCUGAGCCAGGACACAGGGGCAAGGGCAGGUGUCGUCUGUGUCCCCGGUGCUGUCGCCUGGCCGCCUCCCGCCAGACCGGCAGAGUGAGGUGGUGUGUGAUCGACGAAGCCAAGAAUUACCGCUACAGGAAGCUGAGGUUUCUGCCUUUACUUCCUGUGGUACUUCUGCCUGUGUUCCUACUGGCCGCGUCCAUCAAUCACCACUUGAAAGAUCACCCGCAGCAACAUUCACUCACGCCACUUCCUGCUUCCGGAGAAGUCGGGCCAGCGCUGGACCGAGAGGCGAGCGAGCUGGACGAGCACCACGCCGACACAGACGCGCAGACCAGCUUCGUGCCGCCGACUCGCGACUUUCGCCUCUACAGCCGCAGCAAGCGGGGCUGGGACGACUCUGCGCCGUGGGAAACCUACCAGGGGAACAAGACCAGCGACGUGAUCAUAUGGAGUGCUGUGACGUCACGCGGCGACAGUGGGGCCCGUCUCGGCCCGCUCAUGACCGAGCUGCUGAGAGGACUCAACCUGUCGGCGAGUGGCAGCCCUGGGUCGGCCGACCAGCGGAACGCACUAGAAGACUCCGGUUGGACCAUUUGGCCCCAAGCUAAUGAGAGUUCAACGUUUCGUGUGGAAAACAAUUCUACUGCAUUUGAAGACAAUUCUACCAGUUUGAAGUUUGAAAAUGAAGACGAACUGGUUGAAAAUGUUACAUCUUCAGAAGAUGUGGAACGCGAAUGGCGGCUUUUCAUAGAUGCUACACAAAGUCCGCCUGCUACGACAGAGCCUAUGGCAAGCUACAAGAGCGAAGUUUCUUCACAGUUAAACAAAGAAAAUGAACUAGAAGACAAACUGAGUCGGAAAAUUUUUGGGGCUACAUCUGCUGACGAAGAAAAUAUAAGGGCUAUUCAAGGGGAAAUAAUGAACAGCUACAUAGACUACACCACCGACCCUUGCGAGGACUUCUACCAGUACGCGUGCGGCAACUGGGAGUCGCAGAACCCCAUCCCCAAGGACAAGUCGGUGUACGACACGUUCGAGAUCCUCCGAGAGUCGCUGGACCUGCUGCUCAAGGACGUGCUGGAGGACAGCUCGAGCUCGGAGGUUGCUCGGCCAGGAGACGGCGACCAAGUCGAUGCCAUCUCCAAGGCGAGGAACUUGUACAAAUCGUGCAUGAACGAAAUUUUGAGCCACCCUGUGCGCGCAGCCGUGCUGGCGGAGAGGGGCGCGAGGCCGCUGCUCGACCUGCUGCGCCACCUGGGCGGCUGGCCGGUGCUGGAGGAGUCCUGGGACCCGGCGGGCUUCGACUGGCUGCAGCUGAUGGCUCGCCUCCGGCUCUACAACAACGACAUCCUGGUGGGCCAGUGGGUGGCGCCCGACAUCAAGCACUCGGACGAGUACGUCAUCCAGUUCGACCAAACGAGCCUCGGACUUCAAACGAGGGAUUACUACUUGGAACCUUUCGGUGUCAAAUAUCUUGACGCCUACAAGAAUUUCAUCAUCGACAUCGCCACAAAACUUGGUGCUUCACUGGAACAAGCAGCCACGGACGCUUACGACAUCGUCGCGUUUGAAACACAGCUGGCGCAGAUAAUGAGCUCUCCGGAGGAUAGGCGGAACAUAACAGCAAUGUACCAGAGGAUCAGCUUGAACGAGCUGUGCCAACUGGUGCCUUCCAUCGACUGGGAGCGCUACCUGGAGAUUGUGCUGCAGAGGCCGGUCAACAAGUCCGAUCCGGUGGUGGUCUUUGGGGAGACGUAUCUCCACGACCUCGUGGGUCUGCUGUCACGCACCUCAAACAGGACCGUCGCCAACUACCUGCUGUGGAGGUUCGUGCGCCACCGCACCAGCAACCUGGACGACCGCUUCCUGGAGGCCAAGCAGCGCUUCUUCCUGGUGCUGUUCGGGCGCGAGGAGUCACCGCCGCGCUGGAAGAACUGCGUCAACCACGUCAACACCAACAUGGGCAUGGCGGUGGGCGCCAUGUUCGUGCGCAAGUACUUCGACGAGAGCAGCAAGAACGAGACCCUUCAGUUGACAAGAGAAAUAAUGCAAUCUUUUAAAGAAAUUCUAAACGAGACCAGCUGGCUUGACGAGGAAACAAAAAAAUUUGCAGCGCAGAAAGCAGAAGCCAUGAUGCUGAAAAUUGGCUACCCGGAUUUUAUUUUGAGUUCAGGUGAACUCAACGAGCGCUACAGAGAGUUGGUAAUAAACCCCGACGAGUAUUUCGAGAACACGCUGAGUGUCCUGCAGUUCCUGGCGAAAGCGGAAAUGAACCGUCUGGGCUCCACCGUCAACAAGACUCUGUGGAACGCCCCACCCGCCUUCAUCAACGCUUUCUACAGCCGCAACAAGAACCAGAUAAUGUUCCCAGCGGGCAUCCUGCAGCCGCCCUUCUACCACCACCGCUUCCCGCCCAGCCUCAACUACGGCGGCAUCGGCGUGGUCAUCGGCCACGAGAUCACGCACGGCUUCGACGACAAGGGCCGCCUGUUCGACAAGGACGGCAACAUGCACCGCUGGUGGGGCGACCAGGCGGUGCAGGCGUUCAACCAGCGCAUCCAGUGCCUCAUCGAUCAGUACAGUCGGUACUCGAUGAAAGAUGUUGAUGUCCACAUCGACGGAACCAACACGCAAGGCGAAAACAUCGCCGACAACGGCGGUAUCAAACAGGCUUACAAGGCGUACCAGAGCCGGCUGCGUCAGAGCGGCGGGAAGGGGGACUAUCUGCCGGGCGUGAACGCGACCGGCGCGCAGCUGUUCUUCCUGAACUUCGCGCAGGUGUGGUGCGGCGCUAGCCGGCCCGAAGUGACGCGCAGCAAGCUGAAGAACGCGUCUCACUCGCCGGGCAAGUUCAGAGUCAUUGGUACGCUGUCAAAUUCCAGAGAAUUUGCCUCAGCGUUUGGAUGUGCAGAAAACUCACCAAUGAACCCUGCCAAAAAGUGUGAAGUAUGGUGAAGAAGAUUGUAUUAGGCCUACAUGCUCGGAUAGUCUGAGAAAAGUGUAUAAAAACUUCCGUGAUUUAUAACGUCCUGUGACAAAGGAAUGACUGAUAUAACUAACAAUUUUAGAUAAUUACUAUCUAAAUAUGAACAUAUUUUUUCACAUGCAAUUUUUUGGUAAUGUAGGCCUAGAUAGUCUACAGUAUUUAUUACAUGGGUAAAGUGCUAGCAUAAGCCUACACUGUUGAGGGUAAGAGAGAGACACUGACUGAAAGACACCACCUUAGUUUCAACAAAUUUAUGACCAUAAUAAUUUUCUUUAGUUUGAUGACACUAAUAUAUACCUAACUUAGUGUAAUUUUUUAAGAUGAUACUGACUGCCUGCUACAAUUGACAGUUCCCCAUGUAAAGUUAUUGGAAUUUAAUAUAAAAUUAGUUAUUUAGAAUAAAUACAACUAUAAUAAUACUCUAACUAGACACUGCAUUAUAAUAUCUGUAAAUAUUUUAAUGUAUGAUCUCAAUUUUAGCUAAAUAAAUUUUUUAUAUUAAACCAUAAAAAAUUGUUUCGUUAUAAAAACUGUUGAAAUAAUACUGGUGUCUAUUGGUUUUAAACCCUCCCCCUUAAAUUCUGGAAGUUUUAUUGAAAUAACUACAUUUAAUAUCAUGAAACUAAUAUUUUAUAUUACUCAAUAUUAUAACAUUUUUAUUUAGAUAAAAAUAAAUAUUAAUGUGAUUUAUUUGUAUUAUUUUAAAAUAGGUUAGUGAACCAAACAAAUUAUUAGUGUUAUGAAGAGAGCUUGUUCUGUAUUGAAUUAGUGUUUUAAGAAUUGUUUUUAUAUGAUGUUAACUAUACACAUAUCACUGUAUUACGGUAGCAAAAAAAAACUAUAGCUCCUUUUUUAUAUUGUGCCGUUAUGAAAUGUUAAAGAGCAUUUGUUACUGUGUUGUUUUACUUAUCCAGUCUGUUAUAACAAAUACCUCAAGUUUCAACUAAUACUUAAACUUGUGAUUUUAUCCCAAUGUUUGAGUACUAUCUCAUAUGUUAUUUUGUAUAAUGGUGCACGAUUGCAGUAGAUAAUGUAUGUAAAUAAAUAGAAAACAAA